AUCGAGGCCCGAGGGCAGCGCCGUACCGCGCCUAGGGUUUCGCCCGCCGCCGAGGACCCCCGCCGCCGCCGCGCCGUCGGAGGCCGCGCCUCCGCCGAGAUUUCUGUAGGCCUGUAUCCAUGCUUUCAGCUUUCAGAAGGUGAUUACAGAGGGGGAGGAUGGAAGAGGAGGAACACCGUGGAGUUGUUUUGGUAUGCAGCAUCUGUGGGUUCCUCUUCGCUGUCCUUGGCCCUCUCAGCUUUUGGGUUCUAUGGGCUGUGAAUUGGAGGCCAUGGAGGUUAUAUAGUUGGAUAUAUGCAAGGAAAUGGCCAGCAUAUGCACAAGGUCCUCAGCUAAGCACACUGUGCAGCCUUUUGACCCUUAUUGCAUGGCUUCUCGUCAUUUCCCCAAUAGCAGUCGUGCUAGCGUGGGGAAGCAUCCUUAUCUUUCUUAUGGAAAGAAACAUAACUGGUUUGGCUGUUAUAAUGGUUGGGGUUGCUUUGCUUCUAUCAUUCUACUCUAUAAUGCUCUGGUGGAGGACACAAUGGCAAAGCUCAAAGGCUGUUGCAUAUCUUCUCCUAUUGGCAGUAGGCCUGCUGUGUGCCUAUGAAUUUUGUGCUGUCUAUGUCACAGCUGGUGCUAGUGCUUCUGAGCUCAAUUCUCCAUCUGGGUUUUUCUUUGGACUAUCUGCAAUAUCAUUGGCCAUCAAUAUGCUCUUUAUAUGUAAAAUACUGUUUAAUGGAAGUGGAUUUGAUGUUGAUGAAUAUGUCCGGAGGUCGUACAAGUUUGCAUAUUCUGAUUGUGUUGAAGUGGGCCCUGUUUCAUGCUCCCCUGAUCCUCCGGAUCCUAGUGAGUUAUACAUGACUAAAUCCAGCAGGGUAUUGCAUCUAGGGCUUCUCUACUUCUGCUCGCUGCUUGUGCUUGUUGUCUAUUCCAUCUUGUAUGGCCUGACCUCAAAAGAAGCACCUUGGUUGGGUGCUUUAACUUCAUUUGCAGUAGUGAUUCUUGAUUGGAAUUUGGGCCUGUGUUCAUUCAGGUUUGAACUUCUUAAAAGUCGGACGCUAGCGUUGUUUGUGGCUGGAACAUCACGAGUUUUUCUUAUAUGCUUUGGUGUUCAUUACUGGUACCUUGGACAUUGCAUCAGCUAUGCUUUUGUAGCAUCUGUUCUUUUAGCUGCUGCUGUCUCUUGCUGGCUUUCUAUUUCCAACCCCUCAGUUGCAAGGAUAGAUGCGCUAAGAAGUACAGUGAUAAAGCUGCGAGAAGGAUUUCGAAGAAAGGGGCAGAAUAGUUCUUCAAAUUCAUCAGAAGGCUGCGGAUCUAGUGUGAAGCGUAGUAGUGGUAGUGUUGAAGCAGGUCAACAUGGCAAUGCUACUGAUUCUAUUUACAGAAGUAAUUCACAGAGCGAUGGGGCCAAUUGGAACAAUGUUCCUUUUGAUCGAUCCAAUAGUUGUCAAGAAGGCCAAAGCUCUGAUAAGAACAUAGAUAGUGGACGCGCAAGUUUAGCCCAUCGCAGUAAUUCGUGCCUUUCUGCUGUCCAAGACUCUGAAACCGCAACAAUUUCAGCAGAUAGACAUGGGGAUACCGCUGCUUCACUUGUUGUCUGUUCUAGCAGUGGUUUGGAAAGUCAAGGCUGUGAGUCUAGUGGAUCAGGUACUGCCUCGGGUAAUCAGCAACUGUUGGAUUUGAACUUAGCUGCAAUUUUUCAGGACAGACUGAAUGACCCAAAGAUCACAUCUAUGCUUAAAAGGAAUGGUGGACUUGGAGAUGUAGAACUGGCUAAUCUUCUACAGGAUAAAGGCCUGGAUCCGAAUUUUUCUUAUAUGUUGAAAGAUAAAGUUAUGGAUCCACGGAUUUUGGCUUUGCUUCAGAGAAGCAGCCUAGAUGCAGACCGAGAACAUCAAGAUGAUGCAGAUGCUACUGCUACUGAGGAACUGGAUACGACUAUUGCAAACCAGAUCUCUUUGUCAGAAGAACUCAGGAGAAAUGGGCUAGAAAAUUGGCUAAACAUUUCAAGACUGAUUUUCCAUCAAGUAGCUGGUACUCCAAUACGGUCCUUUGUUGUUUUUACCCUAAUAUUUAUUGUAGAGACAGUUACUGUCGCUGUCCAUCGACCAGAGCCCAUCAAGGUGAUAAAUGCAAUACAUGAGCAGUUUGAGUUUGGCUUCUCCAUACUACUUUUAUCACCAGUUGUCUGCUCCAUCAUGGCAUUCACUUGGUCCUUGCGUGCGGAAGAGAUGAUGAUGACAUCCAAACCACAGAAGUAUGGCUUCAUCGCGUGGCUGCUGAGUACAUGUGUUGGCUUACUUCUCUCUUUCUUGAGCAAGUCAUCAGUUAUACUGGGUAUGUCUCUCACGGUCCCACUUAUGGUGGCUUGCCUCUCAUUCGCUAUUCCUUUAUGGAUGCGUAACGGUUAUCGCUUCUGGAUUCUUGGAGGAGGGCAUGAUAAUCGUGAAACUGUUCGUCAAGCUCCAGGGAAGAAAGAGGGGGCUCUCUUUGCAAUCAGCAUAGCUGUUUUCACUGCAUCAGUUAUUGGCCUUGGUGCAAUAGUAUCGGCGAAGCCUUUAGAUGCUUUAGGCUACAAGGGAUGGGAUGCUGAUAAAAAGAGUUUUUACUCUCCCUAUGCAACAUCUAUGUAUCUUGGAUGGGCAUUAUCUUCCACAAUUGCCGUGCUUGUUACUGGGGUCAUACCCAUUGUAGCUUGGUUCGCCACAUACCGAUUUUCACCUUGUUCGGCUUUAUGUGUUGGCCUUUCUGCAACCGUUCUUGUAUCUUUCUGCGGUGCAUCCUAUUGGGGAGUUGUAAAUUCACGAGAGGAUGGGAUUCCUCUGAAGGCUGAUUUCCUGGCAGCCCUACUCCCCUUACUUUGCAUUCCUGCAAUGUUUGCUCUGUUCACUGGGCUGUAUAAAUGGAAGGAUGAUGAUUGGAAGAUCUCUCGAGGAGUUUACCUUUUUGUUGGCAUGGGAAUGUUGCUGUUGCUUGGUGCAAUAUCAGCAAUUGUCGUCACAAUUAGACCUUGGACUGUCGGAGUUGCAUGCCUCCUAGUUAUCCUGUUCCUUGUGUUUGCCAUUGGGGUCAUCCAUUACUGGAAAUCCAACAACUUCUAUUUAACAAGAACACAGAUGUUACUUGUUUGUUCCCUUGCUUUUCUCCUCGUGUUGGCUGCCUUCCUGAUGGGUUUAUUUCAAGGCAAGCCUUUUCUUGGAGCAUCUAUAGGUUAUUUCUCAUUUCUGUUUCUUCUCACCGGAAGGGCUUUGACUGUUCUUCUAUCACCACCAAUUGUUGUUUAUUCACCGAGGGUGCUACCUGUAUAUGUUUAUGAUGCUCAUGCAGACUCCGCCAAGAAUGUUAGUUAUGCCUUCCUUAUUUUGUAUGGGAUCGCAUUGGCAACUGAAGUUUGGGGUGUUAUUGCUAGUCAAGUAAUGAAUCCACCAUUUGUUGGGGCUGCUAUUUGUGCUAGUACUCUUGUAAUUGCCUUCAGCUUCGCUGUUUCUCGUCCAUGCCUAACUCUUAAGAUGAUGGAGGAUGCCAUUCAUUUUCUCAGCAAGGAUACAGUGGUUCAAGCAAUGUCGCGAUCUGCUAACAAAACAAGAAAUGCUAUAUCUGGGACUUACUCAGCACCUCAGAGGUCUGCAAGUUCUGCUGCUCUUUUGGUUGGAGAUCCUUCUGUUACUUUGGAUAGGGCUGGGAACUUUGUGCUUCCUAGGGCUGAUGUUAUGAAGCUGAGAGAUCGUUUGAGGAAUGAAGAAGUUACUGCAGGAUCUUUCUUCUGUGGAGUAAAAAAUUGUUUCAUGAUUUGCCCUGGAUCCCCAGCUGAUGUUGAUUAUCGGAGGAAUAUGUGUGCCCAUGCACGCAUCUUGGGUUUAGAGGAAGCAAUUGAUACUGAAUGGGUUUAUAUGUGGGACAAAUUUGGUGGUUAUUUGCUUCUGUUGCUUGGCUUGACUGCCAAAGCUGAACAAAUACAGGAUGAAGUUCGUCUUAGGCUAUUUUUGGACAGCAUAGGCCUAUCUGACUUGAGUGCUAAAGAAAUUAAGAAAUGGAUGCCGGAAGAUCGCAGGCAAUUUGAACUCAUUCAAGAAAGCUACAUAAGGGAGAAAGAAAUGGAAGAGGAGGUCUUGAUGCAACGGCGAGAGGAAGAAGGGAAGGGAAGAGAAAGGAGGAAGGCAUUGUUGGAGAAAGAGGAGCGCAAAUGGAAGGAGCUUGAAAUAUCACUGCUGUCUUCUAUCCCUAAUGCGGGAAGCAGGGAUGCUGCGGCUAUGGCAGCAGCUGUCAGAGCUGUGGGAGGUGAUUCUGCUCUGGAAGAUUCUUUUGCAAGGGACAGAGUCUCAUCAAUAGCUCGUCACAUACGAAAGGCACAAUUGGCACGACGAGCCGAGCAGACUAGCAUUCCUGGUGCUGUCUGUGUACUUGAUGAUGAACCGAGGAGUACUGGGCGCCAUUGUGGAGAGCUCGAGUUGUGUCUAUGUCAAAGUCAAAGAGUGAGCUUCUCCAUUGCAGUAAUGGUUCAACCAGUAUCUGGUCCAGUCUGCCUUUUUGGAACCGAAUUCCAGAAGAAGGUUUGUUGGGAAAUCUUGGUGGCAGGGUCAGAACAGGGAAUGGAAGCUGGUCAGAUUGGUCUUCGGUUGGUAACUAAGGGUGAAAGAAUGACUACUGUUGCUAAAGAGUGGAACAUUGGCGCGUCAAGUAUUGCAGAUGGCAGGUGGCAUGUUGUCACGGUGACUAUAGAUGCUGACCUAGGUGAAGCAACUUCUUUCAUAGAUGGAGUUUACGAUGGAUACCAGAAUGGUCUACCAUUACCUAGAAACAAUGGCAUAUGGGAACCUGGGGCAGAUAUUUGGGUUGGUGCUAGGCCACCCACAGACUUGGAUGCCUUUGGUAGGUCAGAUAGCGAAGGUUCAGACUCAAAGAUGCAGAUCAUGGAUGCUUUCUUAUGGGGAAGAUGUCUGACUGAAGAUGAGGUUGCUGCAUUACAUACAACCAUGUGUCCUGCGGAGUAUGGCUUGUUCGACCUUGCAGCUGAAGAUGCUUUGCAUGGAAGUUAUUCCGCAAGGGUGGAUGACUGGGAGAGUGAAGAAGCAAACUUUGAGCUUUAUGAUCAACAAGAGGAUGUUGAAUGGGACGGGCAGUACUCAAGUGGUAGGAAACGUCCAGUGCGUGAUGCAGUAGCUAUUGACAUUGACUCCUUGCAAAGACCAAGGAAACCGAGGUUUGAGACACGAGAGGAAGUCAACCAGCGUAUGCUCUCUGUUGAAAGGGCUGUCAGGGAAGCUCUUAGUGCAAAAGGGGAAAGGACUUUUACUGAUCAAGAGUUCCCCCCAGAUGAUCGAUCUUUAUACGUCAAUCCAAUGAACCCUCCUCUAAAACUGCAGGUUGUUUCUGAGUGGAUGAGGCCUUCUGACAUAGCAAAGGAGAUAUCUAUUAGUUCCCAGCCAUGCUUGUUCUCUGGUUCUGUGAAUUCCUCGGACGUAUGCCAGGGUCGUUUGGGAGACUGUUGGUUCCUGAGUGCAGUUGCAGUUUUAACGGAGAUGUCUCGUAUAUCUGAAGUUAUAAUCACUCCAGCAUACAAUGAAGAAGGGAUCUAUACUAUCAGAUUCUGCAUUCAGGGCGAGUGGGUGGCUGUGGUUGUUGAUGAUUGGAUCCCCUGUGAGGCUCCUGGAAAACCAGCUUUUGCUACUAGUAGAAAACAAAAUGAGCUAUGGGUAUCCAUUCUCGAGAAGGCUUACGCAAAACUUCACGGCUCUUAUGAGGCGCUGGAAGGUGGGCUUGUGCAAGAUGCUCUAGUGGACCUCACAGGAGGAGCUGGUGAAGAGAUUGAUAUGCGGAGCCCCCAAGCACAGAUUGAUCUUGCUAGUGGCAGAUUGUGGUCUCAGUUGCUACACUUUAAUCAAGAAGGUUUUCUUCUGGGUGCUGGAAGUCCCUCUGGCUCUGAUGCUCAUAUUUCAUCAAGUGGCAUUGUUCAGGGACAUGCUUACUCAAUUUUGCAGAUAAGAGAAGUUGAUGGCCACAAGCUUGUCCAAAUUAGAAAUCCUUGGGCAAACGAAGUUGAAUGGAACGGACCCUGGUCAGACUCAUCACAAGAGUGGACGGAACGAAUAAAACAUAAGCUCAAGCAUGUUCCGCAGUCGGAGAAUGGUGUAUUCUGGAUGUCUUGGCAAGACUUUCAGAUCCACUUUCGGUCAAUAUAUGUUUGUCGUGUUUAUCCACCUGAGAUGCGCUACUCUGUCCAUGGGCAAUGGCGUGGCUACAGUGCAGGUGGUUGCCAAGAUUAUGACUCGUGGCAUCAAAAUCCUCAAUAUCGACUUAGGGUAACAGGACGUGCUGCACUAUAUCCUGUCCAUGUGUUUAUUACCCUUACACAGGGUGUUGGUUUCUCUAGAAAGACAAAUGGUUUCAGGAACUACCAAUCUAGUCAUGAUUCUUCCAUGUUUUACAUUGGAAUGAGGAUACUCAAGACACGUGGUUGUCGUGCUGCUUACAAUAUCUACAUGCAUGAAUCAGUUGGCGGGACAGAUUAUGUUAACUCGAGAGAAAUAUCAUGUGAAUUGGUCUUGGAGCCUUAUCCGAAAGGAUACACAAUUGUGCCAACAACUAUACAUCCAGGGGAGGAAGCACCUUUUGUUUUGUCAGUUUUUACAAAAGCACCGAUCAAACUAGAAGCUGUUUAGUGCAAGAUUGAGACUCCAUGUGUUUGCUACUGGUAGCUGUGCCUCACAGCUACUGGUGGCCUGAGUGACGCAGAGUCUGUGGGUUCAAGAAGACCAGGAAAUGGGGUAUUGCUAUCGCGAUAUGCCCGUAGCUGGGAUUUAUGAUGCAGCAGCUCUGCACUUGGACCUGAAUAUGUUGGAAUCCCUCGGUACCUGCAAGUGCAUAAGUUUGAUUGCUCCAGAGCUGAUAAGAGAAGGCAAUGCUUUUGCUAAAAAGAGAGAGAAGGCAGUGUUUCCAGACAGCAGGUUGUGUGGUAUCAAUCAAUUGGGACCAUUACUCUUGAAUCACCGUGGAGAAGAAUUGUGGCUGUUUGUAAGUCCAUUCUUGUAGAUAGUGGUGGCAGCUAACAAUUUAGACCUAGUAGCCCCAUCCGGUGUAUAGGUUAUCCCGUGUUACCCCCCUGUACAUACUAUAGAGUUAGAUGAGUUAACCUUGCGCCUGUCGUUUCUAUGAAGUCUUGUGCAGCUUGGAAAUGCCGUUUUAGGAAGCUGCAGUUUUGCUGAUCCAAAACCUGAGGUAGUUGGCUAUAGUUGUUUUCAUUGAUUGCCCUGUAUGUAAUCGAAAUCUGAUCUCAUUCAAAGGAAGCGAUUUUUUGGUA